AUGGGCGAGGCGGCGCCACCGGUGCCCACCGCCGGCGGCGACGCGGACGACCUAUCCGCGUUCCCGGCGUGGGCGCGGUCGGUGUCGGACUGCGAGGUGCGGCUGGGGGCCUCCAUCACCCGCGGCCUCUCCUCCGCCGAGGCCGCGGCGCGGCUGCGCGUCCACGGGGCGAACGAGCUGGCGGAGCACCCGGGCCCGUCGCUGCUGCGGCUGCUGCUGGACCAGUUCGAGGACACGCUGGUGCGCAUCCUGCUCGCGGCCGCCGCCGUCUCCUUCCUCCUCGCGCUCUCCUCCUCCGGCGCCGCCCCGACGCUCGCCGCCUUCGUCGAGCCGCUCGUCAUCUUCCUCAUCCUCGUCGUCAACGCGGCCGUCGGGGUGUGGCAGGAGGCCAACGCGGAGCGGGCGCUGGACGCGCUGCGUGAGAUCCAGUCCCACCACGCCGUGGUCCUUCGCGACGGCGGCUGGGUCCCCGCGCUGCCCGCGCGGGACCUCGUCCCCGGCGACGUCGUGCAGCUCCGCGUCGGGGACAAGGUGCCCGCCGACAUGCGCGUCGCGAGGUUGCUCACCUCCACGCUCCGACUCGAGCAAGGGUCGCUGACCGGGGAGACGGCGUCCGUCAACAAGACCUCCCGGGCCGUGGCGGUGGAGGACGCCGACAUCCAGGCCAAGGAGUGCAUGGUGUUCGCCGGCACCACCGUCGUCAACGGCGCCGCGCUCUGCAUCGUCGCGCGCACCGGGAUGGCCACGGAGAUCGGCGCCAUCCACGCGCAGAUCCACCAGGCGUCGCAGGAGGACGACGACACGCCGCUCAAGAAGAAGCUCAACGAGUUCGGGGAGGCGCUCACCAAGAUCAUCGGACUCAUCUGCGCGCUCGUCUGGCUCAUCAACGUCAAGUACUUCCUCACCUUCGACCUCCAGGGGGGAUGGGUGCCCAGGAACGUGAAAUUCUCCUUCGAGAAGUGCACCUACUACUUUGAGAUCGCCGUCGCCCUCGCCGUCGCCGCCAUACCCGAGGGCCUGCCCGCCGUCAUCACCACCUGCCUCGCGCUCGGGACCAGGAAGAUGGCUUCCAAGAAUGCGCUCGUCAGGAAGCUGCCUAGCGUCGAGACCCUCGGCUGCACCACUGUCAUCUGCUCCGACAAGACCGGGACGCUCACCACCAACAAGAUGUCAGUGGCCAAGCUCGUGGCCAUCGGUGAUUCUUCACAGGAGGUUAGGAGCUUCAAGGUGGACGGUACUACCUACGAUCCUCAUGACGGGAAAAUUCACGACUGGCCUGCUGGGAGCAUCGAUGCCAACCUUGAGACGAUCGCCAAGGUCGCAGCUGUGUGCAACGAUGCCAAUGUGGCACAUUCUUCGCAGCAGUAUGUUGCCACUGGAAUGCCGACAGAGGCAGCUCUAAAGGUUCUGGUUGAGAAAAUGGGCCUGCCUGGAGGAAAGAAUGGUCUGUCCUUGGAUCCGUCUGAGACAUUAGGCUGCUGCAAAUGGUGGAACAAUGUUGCCAAAAGGAUCGCUACCCUCGAGUUUGAUCGCACAAGGAAAUCAAUGGGUGCCAUUGUGAAAACCAGUUCAGGAAGCAAUGCCCUGCUCGUGAAGGGAGCUGUUGAAACUUUACUUGAACGAAGUAGCCACCUUCAACUGAAGGAUGGUUCCGUGGUGCCAUUAGAUGAGAAAGCAAAGAAAACUGUCCUGGCAAGCCUCCAUGAGAUGUCAACCAAAGCUCUGCGCUGCCUCGGUUUUGCAUACAAGGAGGAUCUAGCAGAAUUUGCAACAUAUGAUGGCGAAAACCAUCCUGCUCAUAAGCUCUUGCUGGAUCCGGCCAAUUAUGCAGCUAUUGAGACUGACCUAAUAUUUGCGGGUCUUGUGGGCCUAAGGGACCCUCCCAGGGAAGAGGUCUAUGAUGCUAUUGAAGAUUGUAGAGCUGCAGGCAUCCGUGUUAUGGUGAUAACAGGGGACAACAAAGAAACUGCUGAGGCAAUAUGCCGUGAAAUUGGUGUGUUUUCACCUGAUGGGGAUAUCACCUUCAAGAGCCUUACAGGGAAGGAGUUCAUGGCGCUUGAGGACAAGAAGGCGCUGCUACGCGGGAAAGGUGGCCUUCUGUUCUCUAGGGCAGAACCUAGGCACAAACAAGAGAUUGUGAGGUUGCUGAAAGAAGAUGGGGAGGUUGUCGCCAUGACUGGAGAUGGAGUCAAUGAUGCCCCUGCUCUGAAACUGGCUGACAUUGGUAUAGCUAUGGGCAUUACUGGAACUGAGGUUGCCAAAGAGGCCUCUGACAUGGUGUUGGCUGAUGACAAUUUCAGCACUAUAGUUUCUGCAGUUGGUGAAGGAAGAUCUAUUUACAACAACAUGAAAGCUUUCAUAAGAUACAUGAUUUCCUCAAACAUUGGUGAAGUUGCUUCUAUUUUCCUAACUUCUGCCUUGGGCAUUCCUGAGGGGUUGAUACCUGUUCAACUUCUGUGGGUCAAUCUUGUCACCGAUGGUCCCCCUGCAACUGCUUUAGGUUUCAAUCCUCCUGACAAGGACAUCAUGAAGAAGCCACCUAGGAGGAGCGAUGAUUCACUGAUCACUCCCUGGAUUUUGUUCCGCUACCUGAUAAUUGGCCUUUAUGUUGGGAUUGCAACUGUUGGCAUCUUUGUCAUAUGGUACACACAUGGGUCUUUCAUGGGCAUUGACCUUACUGGAGACGGUCACACUCUUGUCAGUUACUCACAGCUUUCAAACUGGGGCCAGUGCUCUUCCUGGGACAACUUCACCGCUUCACCUUUCACUGCUGGAACUAAAACUUUCACAUUCGACGACCCAUGCGACUACUUCCACACAGGAAAAGUGAAGGCAACAACGCUGUCCCUCUCUGUCCUGGUGGCAAUCGAGAUGUUCAACUCGCUCAACGCUCUCUCUGAAGACAGCAGCCUGCUCACUAUGCCGCCCUGGGUCAACCCAUGGCUGCUCGUCGCGAUGUCGGUGUCGUUCGCGCUCCACUUCCUGAUCCUCUACGUGCCGUUCCUUGCUACAGUGUUUGGCAUCGUUCCACUGAGCCUGAACGAGUGGCUGCUGGUUCUGCUGGUCGCUCUCCCGGUGGUGCUCAUCGACGAGGCUCUCAAGUUCGUGGGCAGGUAUACAAGCUCUCCCGGCCCCAAGAGGCGGUCGAGGAAGCAGAAGGGCGAGUAA